UUCUAACAAGUUUUGUUUUUUUUUUAAAGAAAAAAUUUUAAAAAAUUUUGAAAAAUUUUUAAAAAAUUCUAAAAAUUUUUAAAGAAAAAUAGUGGAAAAACUAUUCUAAUUAAACAAACGCAGCAGGCAGCUACGUCGCUGCCACUUUACAACAUUUAGAACAAAAACAACUGCAACUACAACAACAACAACAACAUGUCUAUCACAUACCCACAUCCUUUUUCUAAAUAAAAACAACAACAACCAUAACAAUCGGAAUAAUAACUUCGUUUUAACAACUUCGUGCAGACAAUUUCCAAAAGAAAAGAAAGAAACAAACAAAAAAAACAUGUUCGUGUAUUUUUCUUCGUUAACAGUGCGUGUGUGAGUGUGUGUAAACAAAACAGUGGAAAGAAGAAGAACAAAAAUACGUGCGUGUUUUCAAAGAAGUCUGAAAUUCAGACAACUUCGGGCCUUUGUUUACAGCUUUUCAAAUUGUUGUUAUAUUUUGGGUUUUUUUUGUCUUUCCUCCAACCUAAAUGACGUUUAGUCUAACAUCAUUAUUAUCUAUAAGUAAUGAAAACAACAAAUGUGCCUGUAUGUGUGUGUGUGUCUAAUAAAGUAUUAAAAUACAAAAACAAAUCCUGCAGGAAUCAUUCAUAGUCUGGGUUUUUAAAUUUAUGCGUCUGCUGGCAUAUAACAAAAAAAAAACAACAAAAAACACAGACCAAAAAACCAGAUAAAAAAGUGCAAAAAAAUCUCCUGAAAAUUACCUUAAAUUACAAAAAAGAGCAAAAAUCUUUUUAAUUUGAAACCUUUAACUUGUUGCUGUUUUUCUUUUACCAAAUUAUUUAUAAUUUUUGCUGUAAACGGUUGACCUGCUUAACAAAUUGUGAUACAAAUAUACAAAAAAAAAAAAAAACAAAUUGGAUUAUUUAACCAACAACAACAACCCCUGUUCUUACUACUUCAAAAAACUACCUGUCAAAUGGAUUAUUACAAAAAACAAAAACUUCUUAAAAGAAAUUAAUUAAUAAACAUACCAGUUUUUGUUAAUUUCUCUCUUCUGCAACAAACCUCCCAAAAAAAGCACUUUUUUUUGUACAUCAACUCCCAAAUCCCCCACAAAACGCUUUUAUACUUUUCCAAGAAAAAAAAGUAUAAAACAAAAAAUUUCUCUCCAAAACCUGUUUCCAAAUGAUGAAACGACGUUGGUCUAACAAUGGCGGUUUUGCCGCUUUAAAAAUGUUAGAAGAAUCCUCCUCAGAAGUAACCUCCUCCUCAAAUGGUCUGGUCUUGUCAUCGGAUAUAAAUAUGUCUCCCUCGUCGUUGGAUUCACCCGUUUAUGGUGAUCAGGAAAUGUGGCUGUGUAACGAUUCAGCUUCAUACAAUAACAGUCAUCAGCAUAGUGUUAUUACCUCGCUGCAGGGCUGCACUUCAUCAUUACCGGCCCAAACUACCAUAAUACCUCUGUCAGCUUUACCCAAUUCCAAUAAUGCCUCCUUGAAUAAUCAAAAUCAAAAUUAUCAAAAUGGUAAUUCCAUGAAUACAAAUUUAUCGGGCAACACAAAUAACAGUGGUGGUGGUGGAGGAGGAGGAGGAGGUAGUGGUGGCGGCAUUGUACCCGGCAUGACCUCACUCAAUGGCCUGGGCGGUGGUGGUGGUGGCAGUCAAGUGAAUAAUCACAAUCACAGUCACAACCAUUUACACCACAACAGCAACAGUAACCACAGUAAUAGCAGUUCGCACCACACAAAUGGCCACUUGGGUAUGGGUGGUGGCGGCUUAUCGGUUAAUAUUAAUGGUCCCAAUAUCGUUAGCAAUGCCCAACAGUUAAACUCGUUACAGGCCUCUCAAAAUGGCCAGGUUAUUCAUGCCAAUAUUGGCAUACACAGUAUCAUCAGUAAUGGAUUAAAUCAUCAUCACCAUCAUCAUAUGAAUAACAGUAGUAUGAUGCAUCAUACACCCAGAUCUGAAUCAGCUAAUUCCAUAUCAUCAGGUGAGUUAAAGUGACGAAUUUGGAAAUAGUUAUUAGUUUUAAGGAAAUUGGAGGAGUAUUUCUGUAU